CCGGAUCAGGCAGGACCGUCUCGUAGGAGUCGCCAGACUAUCAAACACGAGGAGCGGGAUGACGAACCGGACGUGGUAUAUCUUGGACAACGCUCGAUGAACGACUACCAACGAGACGACAUGCCGGACGAGAAGCCAGCGCGCAAGAGGCGGAGGACAGUCAAACAUGAGAAGGGAGAGGAAGCUCUGGACAAGAAGCCGAUCAGCAAGCGAGCAAAGGUUUUUGACCUUGGCGAAGAGCGCAGCGAACAGGACAAGAAGCCGGCUCGAAGGAAGGCGAAGGUCUUUGACGAGGAGAAACGAUUGAAGCGGUUCCGUGUGAAGGCUCCGCUGAGUUACAACGAGAUUCGCGAGCGAGCACUCUCCCAACGCAUGUUCGUGCUCGACCGAGUCCGUAGUGUACCAGACGAGGACUCUUCUUCUUCACAUCCCAUCGAGACGCUGACAAUUGCUGGAACGACCGGCAACGUCUACACCGUCACUAUCGACAAACUCCCGAGCUGCACCUGUCCACACGCCCGUAAAGGCAAUCAAUGCAAGCACAUAGUUUACGCUCUUGCUCGUGUCCUACGUGCUCGACAGGAUCUACAAUACCAGCUCGCUUUCCUCUCCGCCGAGCUCUGCGACAUCUUCGACAAUGCUCCUCCCCUGCCAUCCGCCACCGGCAAAGACACCACAAAAGACGGCAACCGCAAACCGCUCGAAGACUGCCCGAUCUGCUGCGAAGAUUUCGAAGAAGCCGAAAAAGAAGGAGAGACGGUGGUAUGGUGCAAAGCCGCCUGCGGAAACAACAUCCACAAAGCCUGCUUCAAUCAGUGGGCGGCAACGAAGAGAGGAGGCUCUGUGACCUGUCCAUUCUGUCGCACGCCGUGGGCGACGAGCGAGGAGGACCUCAGCACGCUGGCAAAGGUUGGCAAGGUCAACAACGAAGGCUAUGUAAAUGUUGCGGGACAAUUGGGUUUGUCGGGUCAGAGGGACUAUUCGUCGUACAAUCAGUACUGGGUGAGGAGAUACUUGGGCGGAUGGGACUGA